AAAUAAAUUGAGAGGUUUAUCUACAAGAGCGGAGAACACACUGCCAUGCUCUCUAAACCCUUCUCUUCUUGCUCCAAAGCUCCCGAAAAAUGCUUCUCCAAACUUGUCUGCAAAACCCCAAUGUCUCAUCAGUCUCCCUCUCCUCUUCCCUCUCCUACUCUCGUUCUCUCCCAUCUCGAAAUCCCACUUGUGCCCUUCGCCAAUCCCUAAACUAUCACAGCUUUUCACUCACCUGCUCCUCCAUAUCCCAAGUCCAAAGCUCCACUGCCAACUUUGAGCGUCGCCCACCAGUGAAAUGGAUCGGCAUAUACAAGAGGAUUUCUUAUAUGGAGAAUCCUGAACUUGGUUCUGGGAGUGUUUUGAACCAGUGGGAGAAGGAGCAAAAAUUAAUCUCUAAAGGGGAUCUUUGUAGGGUCAUCAAAGAGUUGAGGAAAUACAAGAGUUUUGAGCGAGCUCUUGAGGUCUAUGACUGGAUGAACAGUCGAGCAGAUAGGUUUAGAUUAUCCUCUAGUGAUGUAGCAAUUCGAUUAGAUUUAAUAGCAAAAGUUCGUGGAAUUGACGCAGCAGAAAGUUUAUUUUUAAGUCUCUCGGAAACCUCAAAGGACAAGAGGAUGUAUGGCGCUUUGCUCAAUGUCUAUGCUCGGGCUAAAAUGAAAGAAAAGGCAGAAUCUUUGUUUGAUCAAAUGAGAACAUUAGGUCAUGCCUCACAUUCCAUUCCCUUUAAUGUGAUGAUGACACUUUAUAUGAACCUCAAGGAAUAUGAGAAGGUUGAGUUUUUGGUUACUGAAAUGGUGAAGAAAAACAUUCGGUUAGAUAUUUACUCCUAUAACAUUUGGUUAUCCUGUUGUGGAUCACAAGGAUCUGCCGAGAAGAUGGAGGAAGUAUUUGAACAGCUGACAAAAGAUAAGGCCCUUCUUCCCAACUGGACUACAUUUAGUACAAUGGCUACAAUGUAUAUCAAGAUGGGGCAGUUCGGGAAGGCUGAGGAGUAUUUGAAGGAGCUUGAGAAUAAAAUUACAGGGCAGAAUCGGAUUCCUUAUCACUAUCUUUUAAGUCUUUAUGGUAGUGUUGGUAACAAGGACGAGAUUUAUAGGGUGUGGAAUGUUUAUAAAUCAAUAUUUCCCAAAGUCCCAAAUUUGGCCUACCAAUCAAUUAUCUCUUCUCUUCUCAGAAUAGGUGAUAUUGAAGGGGCAGAAAAGAUCUAUGAGGAAUGGUUACUGGUCAAGUCAUAUUAUGACCCCAGAAUAGCAAAUCUGUUCAUGGUUUAUUAUACUAAAAACAGAAAUUUGGAAAAAGCUUUAAGUUUUGUUGACCGCGUUGUUGAAGUAGGAGGAAAACCCAAUUCAGGCACAUGGGAGACUCUUGCUGAGGGGCAUGCUGGAGUGAAGAAAAUUCCCGAGGCUUUGACUUACUGGAAAAAAGCUUUUGCAGCCGAUGGUUCGAACAACUGGAGGCCCAAACCUGUCUACGUAUCUGCUUUUCUCGAUCUAUGUGAGCAAGAAAGUGAUCUCGAAAGCAAAGAAGUUUUGGUUAGAUUGAUGAGGGAUUCAGGCUAUUUAGGAGGUGAGUGGUAUGCAUCGAUUGCCGGCUUAUCACUGGACGCUAACAAUGACAAUGAAGUAGCAUUUGAGGAAGGUAGUUUCAAUACCGAUGACAAUGAUGACAAAGAUAAUGAGUCUGAAAUGGUUCUCAACCAAUUACAGGGUAACCAAUGAAAUGAUUAGUACUUUUUGGCUCCUUCAAAAAAAUUCUUUUCCGGAUCAUUUCAAGGAUACCAAGAUGCAUUCUUUGAAGUUUCAAAGAGCUGUCACCUUUUUUAAUAAUGGUAACUUGGCACCUGGGUUACAUUCUGCUUGUAGAAUCCCCUGGCCAGGUAUGUGAAAAGUGAUGAAGCGCCAGCUGGUGUAGUGUAGUUGUUACACAAUUUUAUUUGCAGAAUCAAUUCCAAUUCUUAUUUUAAGCUA